AUGAACUAUUUUGUAGAUAUUUGUACAACUACAGUACCAUUUCAAAUGUUAGCUGAUAUGUUUGAUAUGCUUACUCUAGAAAAAUCAGAACAAGUAUUUAGUAUUGUUGAAGAAAAUGUUAAUGUUUGGAAAUCGGCUGGGUUUUAUGAUGCUGGUAAAAAUUUCCUAUUAAGAAUGUGUAAUGAUUUAAUCCGUCGAUUAUCUAAGUCUCAGAAUACAGUAUUUUGUGGAAGAAUUCAGUUAUUUCUGUCUCGUCUAUUUCCUUUAUCUGAAAGAUCUGCUUUGAAUCUAAUGAGUCAGUUUAAUUUAGAUAAUGUAACUAUAUUUAAUACUCAUGGUGAUGAAAGUAAAUUCAAAACUGUAAGUCAUCAUGAUAGUACACAAGAAUUUAUGGAAAUAGAAGAAGGUGAAAUGGCUGAUUUUCCUUCAAGUUCAUUUCCUAUAGAUUACAACCUAUACAAAAGAUUUUGGUCAUUACAAGAUUAUUUUCGUAAACCACUACAAUGUUAUGAAAAAUCAUCUUGGAAGACAUUUGUAUCACAUGCAGAUGAAGUAUUAAAGGCAUUUGAUAGUUGUAAAUUAGAUGAUUUGAAAUCUCAACGUAAAAAACUUGAUCAUUCCAAACAAAUGGAUACACAAACAUUCUUUGCAAAGUAUCUCACUAGUGAGAAAUUAUUAGAUCUACAGUUAUCAGACAGUAAUUUUAGAAGAUAUGUUUUAGUUCAGUUUCUUAUUGUAUUUCAAUAUCUGAAUGCUCAAGUUAAAUUCAAAAGUGCCAGUCAAACAUUAACAGAUGAUCAAACAGCCUGGAUCAAGACAGCUACAGAGAAAGUAACGAGUUUAAUUAAAGAAACUCCACCAGAUGGCGACAAGUUUGCUGAAUCAGUUGAUCAUAUACUUCAACGUGAAGAAAACUGGAAUAAUUGGAAAAAUGAAGGUUGUAUUAGUUAUGUCAGAGAAAAAUUAAGUCAAGAAAAAGAACCUACUGAAAAAGCUAGAGUUAGAGCAAAACGAAAGAGAGUAGGAGAUGAUUUAAUGGCUAGUAGUGGUAAGAUAAAUAUGGGUAGUCCAGAAUUAACCAGGCUGUGGAAUAUUAAUGCUAAUAAUAUGGAAGCUUGUAAGGCUGACUCUCGUAUAUUUCUACCAAAUAUUAAUGAAUAUUUUGCUGAGGCUAUUGACCAAGCAGAUCCUGAUGCCAUGAUAGAAGAUGAAUACAUAUUGUUGAACAAGCCUUAUUUUCAAUGGAGAUCACUACGAUUAUUAGCUAGAAGAUCACCCCAUUUCUUUACUCAACUUAAUCCUCCUUUUAUACCAUUGAAUAAAUAUCUGGAGAUCAUGGUGAAUAAAAUAGCACAAGACAUGCCUGUAAGUUUUUAUCAUACCAUAUUGUGUGAGUAG